GAUAGAACGGAGUUUGUUCACAGAACGUGUUGGAGCCACGAUUUUUCACAGUGCAUCAAUAGUUUCCCAAAAUGUCUACACCUGUCAAAACGUCUUCCAGUUCUGGUAGUGACUUGGACGAUUCCAGACAUUGAGCAUCACUGCAUCUGUCAGAUAAAAAUUAGAAGAGACAAUGCCUGGGGGAUGAGCAGGGUAGCGGGCAAAAUGGCUGCCAUCUUUUGCCUUCUAUUCGUGUUUCUGGUUCUUGUUGCUGCAGAGAACGACACAAUAGUGUACGAUGUGACGACGCUGUUGAGCAACAUGAACGACACAGAAGAAUGGGAGCAGGAGCCGACGUCACCACUGUCCACCACCUCCAGCACAACCACCACGAUGACAUCGACCACCACAUCGACCACCAGAUCGACCACCAAAUCGACCACCACAUUGACCACUACCACGGUGGUCACCACUCGUAUGCCGCGACCCACGUUCGUGCUACCGCCGCGACCGCACAACUCCAGGUACGGGCCUUACUUCGAAGACGGUCCCGAUGCCGUCAAUAUCACCGCCACUGUUGGAUCCACCAUUCGCAUGGACUGCAAACUCGGCAUGCUACAUGACAAAACGGUAUCCUGGCUACGGCGGAAGACGGACUCGAUCCAGUUGUUGACAGUGGGUCGACUGGCCUACAGCUCAGACCAGCGCAUCACUCUCAGCUUCCGCUACCCGAGCAACUGGCGACUAGAGAUUCUGUUCGUGAACCGACGUGACGACGGACUGUACGAGUGUCAGGUGGCCACCCAUCCCCCCCUCGUCAAGCAAGUCUUCCUCAAAGUUUCCGCACCGGAAGUGAAGAUAACUGAUGAGGCACGCCACGAAGUGACAGAACGUUACUACAAGGCAGGCAGUGUGGUGCAGCUCACCUGCAAAGCUGUUCAGGUGGAAGCUGUCGGCGAAGAUGAGACAAUGAUUUGGUGGAGGGAGAGUGAGCCACUUACUAAAGGAGUCACCAUCAACCGAACUGUGGCUGGCUCAAUAGCAUCGACACUGACCAUAAAGCAUGCUCAGAAAAGGGAUUCUGGAAACUAUACUUGCAGUCUUGGCCGUCAAGCAUUCACAUCCGUACUGGUGCAUGUACUGAACGGUGAGCUUCCGGCGGCAGUGCAUGACGGCAGCUCCGGAACGAUGACGUCACGGCUGUUCGCCACCUGGCACCUCUCUCUCUCCUGCCUGGUCGUCGCACACAACACCAUCAUUGGCAGGUGACGAUGACCACACUCAUCUACUCCUUCACUGUCUUCUUCUCUUUUGAAGAACUUCCAAAGAAGUGAAUGUUGAAAUUCUGCAGAUAUAUUAUAUAAAUGUAAACUUAUCGAGUGAUGUUUAUCAAUUGUAAGGAUGUUGUAAUUGUGGUAUUUUUAUACUAAAACACUACUGUUCUCGCAAAUAAUAAAUUUCUGGUCUCAAUAUGACUCUGAAUGAAUAUGGUAAAAUUGAUAUGUGAUACUAGAUUAACAAGUUGUUAUCGUGAAUAACAAUGUUAUUCGACCACUGCUAUUGUAAAUAAUAAUUCAAUAUAGGAGCUAUUUGUUUGUUUAUUGUCAUCAUUGUCACAAAACAUUUCAAAUUAAUCCAACUGAUAUCUCCUUUAUUAUAUAAACUUUAUGAAUGUAUUAUAUUUUAUUGUAAUAAAUAAUAUCAUUGUAAGUAAUAGUAUUGUCGUUGACACUCAUCAUGAAUAUCCCUAUUAUGUAAAAAGCAAUAAAGAGAAACCAUCUCA